CACUCCAACACAAUAGUGAACACAAAAGAGAGAAGUAGCAGCAGAGAGCAUCCAGCUGCGGCUUUAUUCGAAGGACAGUCUAACCUGUGAGCUGACUUGAAAAGAAGAGUUGUGCAGAGGAUGGUGGCGUACACAACCCCACCGGGUGAUGUGGAGCUGGCUCUGGAGGAGAGGACAGUGGUUUUGGUGGAGAAGAAAUCCUCUGCUGGAUGGAUGUGGAAGGUGUCAGGGGCCCUUCUGAUUUUGGCCCUUUGUAUUGGAGGAGUCCUUCUGUUUGCUUGGUGCUGGAAUGGAAACUCCGAAAUGAAGGUAAGGGGCGACUUUUGGUCAUUUUAAAACUCUUAAUUUUCUCCAAUAAAAGGAAGAUUUGCAUGUUUUUAUGUCUCUAAUUCAAUUUCACCCUCAUUACAGAUGCAUUCAGGGCGAAAUGAAGCACAAACCAGGAUGGACACAUCAGAAAAAACAGGUGAUUUUAUGCAUGAGGGCUCAUUCGAGAAAGAGAAAUACUAAAGGGUUUAGAGGAUUAUUUGAAUAAAUUCACAUUUCCAGGUGAUUAUAAGCGUGGGUGCUCAAUGAGAGCUUUUUAGAGUCUUUGUGAGGAUUUUAUUUUCAGAAAAGCUCACAUUUGUCCUCGCCUUUCAGAUCACCACGACACCCUGAGGAGGAUCGGCAGCAAAGCAAAGGCGGCAAUCCACUUAGAGGGUGAGUCACAGCUUACCUUCAGCUAACAAUGGGCUCAUGAUCUCAGCUUUGUUCUGCGCUGAUAUUUGCAGAUGGAAGUGUGUCACAGUGGAGGAGAGUUAAAAGGAAGUUGUUGCAUAAAUCACUCAUUAGCCUGAGGCGAAUGUUCAUUUCGGUUUCGCAGGAACACACCUAUUAAUGUUUGACUCGUGUUUUGACUCGUGGUUUUCUCUCGGUGCGUUUGCAGGCAGCUACGAUGGAGACAACGAAACGAACCAGCUCGAGUGGAGGAACGGUCAAGGCCAAGCGUUCUCUCAAGGCGGGUUCAAGCUGGAAAACAACCAGAUCAUCAUCCCACAGAGCGGCCUCUUCUUCGUGUACAGCCAGGCCUCCUUCAGAGUCUCCUGCAGCGAGGGCGACGAGGAGCAAGGAGCGGGAAAACGCAUCAGGCCUCUGAGUCACAGGAUCUGGUGCGACUCGGACUCCGUCGGCAGCAAAGUGUCUCUGAUGAGCGCGGUGAGGUCGGCGUGCCAGAACACGGCUCAGGAGGACGGGUACAGCUCAGGACGGGGGUGGUACAACGCCGUGUAUCUGGGCGCCGUGUUUCAGCUGCACAAAGGAGAUAAACUGUGGACAGAAACCAACCAGCCGUCGGAGCUGGAGACCGACGAGGGGAAGACGUUCUUUGGUGUGUUUGCGCUUUGAAACUUUUAGUAUCGGCUCUUUCUCUAAAGGAAUCGUUUUACUCAUCGUCAUGGUGAUGGACAAAGGUUUAAAUCUCAAUGGAGAUAACAUUUGUGGCCAAAGAGGCCGCCAUUUUUUUUAAAGUCCUAUAAACUGUAACAGUUUGCAACAUUAUUUUCUAUAUUUGGCACUUUUUUUUGUACAUUAUUUAUCCUGACCUGAGAUUGUAGUGAGCUGGACCUUCACAGACACAUCUCUUUACAAAGAGAGUUUAGGUACAAGACCUGUACACAAACUGGUAUCAUGUACUUAUGAGAGCUGCGUGUAUUUAUUUGUAUUUAUUUGUAUUUAAACUGUUGGGCUGAGGUGUUUAAGACUGUAUUUAUGUGCACAUAAACUCAAUAAAAGGGCCAAAAAAAGUCAAGAAAA